AUGGAACAAAUCAAUAAUAAAAUCGUACCUGAUGGUGGAUGGGGAUGGAUGAUUGUCUUAGCAUCAUUCUCGAUUCAUUUCAUUAUGGACGGAAUAACGUAUUCGAUGGGUCUAGUAUACUUGGAGCCCAUGCGAAGUCAGCUUUUACUCGGCCGAGCUUCGGUAUCAACUAUUUUCGGUAUUUUGCCAGCUGUUACUCUUGGCGCAGGACCGAUCGCAACCGUUCUUACUAAUAUGUAUGGAUGCCGUGCAGUAGCUAUAGGAGGUAGUUGCUUAGCUUCGUUCGGUUUUCUUCUCAGUCGACUAUGGGCCAAUGUAUGGUUUUACUAUAUUACGAUUGGUGUCAUGGGAGGUCUUGGCUUUGCAUUAAUGUAUUUACCAGCCAUUGUCUCUGUUGGAUUGUAUUUUGAAAAAAAGCGUACAUUUGCUAUGGGCAUUGCUGUAUGUGGUUCUGGUGUAGCUACAUCUGUAUUUUCGCAUAUCAUGGAUGGAAUCGUCAAUAUACAUCAUUGGCUUAGCUAUAGAAAUGCAUUGGUUCUCGAAGCCGGCUUGAUUUUGCUGAGCAUUCUAGCUGGUUUAUUGAUGCGCCCGCUGCCACAAGAACCGAGCGAACAACGACGAGCGGAGCGAAAAUUACGUAAAGAAGCAAAACAAAAACAACUCCAAUCAAUUUCAUUUUCGCAGAAUAAAGCAGAAUCACCGAAAAAUAAUGCUGUUGAAGUCGAACCGAUGUUCGUAGUUGCAACUAUUGAAAAAUCCCCGAGCAAAUCUUUCUUGUAUCAAAUAGCCGAACAAAUCGAUCUCAACCUACUCAAAAAUGCUGCAUUUGCAUUAUUUACUCUAUCGAAUUUCUUGGCAAGUCUCGGUUUCAAUGUCGUGUACAACUUUGCUGAGGAUCUUGCCAAUGACGCAAACGUUAUCAAGGACCAACGAUCCCAUAUUCUUGUGGUAUUGGGUGUGUCGAACAUUCUCGGUCGUUUUGCCUUUGGUUUCUUAGGUGAUCGAAAGUCGAUAAAUCGACUUUUAUUAUUCAUUAUAACAUUGACUGUUUCUGGUUUGGCUAUAAUCGCAGCUCCAUUCUGUGGCUCUUCUGUUCUUCAUCAUAUCGGUUAUGCAUCCUGUUUUGGUUUCUUUUCGGGUGGUUACGUUACUUUAACAGCAGUCGUUCUUGUCGAUAUAGUCGGCAUUGAUAAGCUAUCGGAUGGAUUCGGUGUUCUUUUGCUUUUUGUCGGUAUUGCAACCGCUAUUGGAACACCAAUUGUUGGGGCUAUGAGAGAAGCAUUCGCUCACUUUACUCGACCUUUUUUCUGGCCUUAUUUUAUUUUUGGUGGUUUGACUGUGCUCAGUGGUAUCAUACUAUUUGCCGUACCUUGUCUACAACCAAAAAAGCAAAGUGACAAUAAAGUGGAGAUCGUUUGUGAUGAUCUCUAUCCGGGAAAAGAUUUAUCGUCUAAGGAUGAAAAACAACAAAACGUUUAA